AUGGAUUGGAGUUUGUGUGCUCUGUGCCAACUCGAUGGCAAUAAUCUCAUUGUACCAUCUGCAAAUUUGAAUCCAGCUGUAUGUGGAUACUCUGCAUUAGCAAGGAACAUAGAUGCAUUUAUUAAUGAAGGUCUUCCAUUACCAAAUAAGAUAAAUAUUGCUGUAGUUGAUCUGAAAGGGGAUACAAAUAUUGCUGAUAACCUAAAAGCCAAUAAAGCUCGGUGGCAUAAAAGAUGCCUGACAGAAUUAGCACCUUCAAAGCUUAAGCGUGCAUUAGAUUCAGCUGCUAAUAAAAAACGUAGAAAAACACUUUCUGAGGAUAUACCAUCUUCUAAAAGAACACGUUCCAGCAUAGACACAAGUACACAGUUAAAAUCUUGCCUGUGUCUUUUUUGCAACGAACCAGGUGUAUUCAGAGCCGAAUAUGCCAAGACGAAACAUCCAAAUGCGCACAAACGAAUGAGUAAAGUUCGUACUGAUAACUGUGAUGAUUUUGUCAGAAAAGCUGCUGCUGAAAUGGGAGAUGCAUUGCUCCUUGCUAAGCUCUCAGAGGGAAACUUAUUUGCAAGAGAUGCUUGCUACCACCUACAAUGUAUGGCAGAAUUCAGAAACCGAUAUAGAGCAUUCUUGGUGCCAAAAGAUGACGACACUGCUAGGGUGAAGGACUACGAAAGUUCUGCGCUCGCUGAAACAAUGAUGUACAUUCAAGAACAGUUGUCGAUAAGUACACACACAGACGUACCGGCAUCGGUGAAGUUAUCAGACAUUAGAAAAACCUAUUAUAAUAGUUUAAGUAGACUGGUUGGCAAGGAAAUGAACGUAAAUGCCACACGGCUUAAAGAUAGGAUUCUCGACUUAGACAGUGACCUGCAAGCUGUUCCAGAUAAGAAGGAAAUUUACAUAUCGUACAAAGAUGACAUGGCAGCCGCUUUGAAAUAUGCUAGUCAUUCUCAAGCCAGUGAUGUUAUGGGUCUUUGCCAGAUUGCUAGAAAAAUUAAAUCUGAGUUAGCAGACAAAAAGGAAACGUUUACUGGUCACUUUGAAGAACAAUGUCAAGAACAGUCAGUAUCUCCUACAUUAUUGUCCUUAAUGAAUAUGUUGACCGGAUUUGAAAGCAAAUGUAAAGAAGGCUCGUCCAAGUUUUCUCCCGCUUUAGUCUUGGCUCAGCUGCUCACAUAUAAUUCAGCUCAAAAGAGAUCACACACGGGGGAUUUUCGCAAUAAUGCAGUUCGUGAAACACCAGUGGCCAUUUAUAUAGCAUUUCUUAUUCACUCGAAGACAAGAAGCAAGGACCUGGUAGAUAGACUUCACUCACUGGGGUUAUGUGUCUCAUAUGACCGUCUUUCAACGUUAUCAACACAAUUAGGGAACAAUGUUAUUAAUCAGUUUGACAAAGAUGGAUUG